AUUCCCAGUUUAUUGCCUCUCAGUGUAGUGGUGCUUGAUGGGGACUUGUUAGAGGAGAAAAAAGGAGUAGGAGGAACUGAUCUACUUAAGAGCGGUUAAGGAAAAGCACACAAACGAUGUCGAUGGUGAAUUUGUUUGUCGUUUUGUUGGCGGCAUCUACAGCCCUCAGCUACCGACUGCCCACGAUCUACAUCCCCAGCAGCUACAAUAUCAGCCUGACCGUGCCGGAAGAUGUUUUCACUAGUGAAAACGGAACUGGGUAUACUGGAACUGUGCAAAUUUUGUUCACAGUGUCGGAAAAUGUGUCCGAAGUUUGUCUGCAUGUCAGUCCGUCCUAUCUGGCCAUCAGCAAUACAUCGAACAGCUUGAUUAACACUAAUGGCUCAGACGUUAUUAACGUUACAGGCGUUUCGAUUGACAACACCACGGAAAUUGCCAAUUUUACUUUAUCCAGCCUGUUGACCGUUAAUCAAACGUAUCUACUGACAAUUGAUUUCAAUGGCACACUCAGUACUUCGGACGGUUACGGGUUCUACAAAAGCAGCUACAACGAUAGCUCUAACACUACUCAGUAUCUAGCCACCACUCAAAUGGAGCCCACAUUCGCAAGAAGAGCGUUUCCUUGCUUUGACGAGCCCAAAUAUAAAGCCAUCUUUAUCAUUUCCCUCACGCAUCCCAAUGGUUUGAAUGUGUUGAGCAACAUGAAUGCAUUAAACGUUGCUGAAAACACAACUACCAGUCAGACUGUAACAACGUUCAAUCCCACCCCGAUUAUGUCCACCUAUCUGGUGGCAUUUAUUGUAUCUAACUUUACCUGCGAUUCCACCAAUGACCUGGAAGGAUCGUUGCUCAAUCAGGUUUGCUCCAGGAGUGAAACUGCUUCCACCAGAGCUUUAGCUCUGGAGGCAGGACCAAAAAUCGUCGACAGUUUCAAUACAUAUCUGAAUAUCAAUUACAGUUCGAACAUAAACAAGCUGGAUCAGGUGGCCAUUCCAGACUUUACAUCCGGGGCUAUGGAAAAUUGGGGUUUGAUCACCUACAGAGAACGCGCUCUACUGUACGACGCUAACGAAACAUCAAACAGCUACCAGCAAUAUACACUUACAGUUGUGGCGCAUGAGUUGGCUCAUCAAUGGUUCGGAAACCUCGUCACUUGCAAAUGGUGGUCGGAAAUCUUCCUCAACGAAGGAUUUGCUACGUUUUUCGAGUUUUUCCUUACGCAUGAGGUGUAUCCUGAUCUGGAGGCGGACAAGCAAUUCGUAACUAAAGCGUUGCAUUAUGCUAUGGAUGAUGAAGUGGACGAAACGGAGGCGCUUCGCACCAAUGCAACAACCCAAAGUGAGAUUUCUGCCCGGUUCAGUACGACCAGCUACGAUAAAGGAGGCAGCAUCCUGAGGAUGGUCGAGCACAUUUUGGGAACGGAUGCCUGGAAAAUUGGACUUAAUCGUUACCUGAGCACCUAUGCCCAUUCUUCCGCUGAGCCUGAAGACCUGUGGGACAUUUUAGGUAACAACACCAAUAGGACCUUGCCUGCUAACUUGUCUGCUGUGAUGGAAAGCUGGAUCGAUUCGCCCGGAUUUCCAGUGGUCAAUGUUAGUCUCAAUGGCAGCCAGUUGACUUUAACACAGGCUCGCUUUGUCUUCAGCAACUCCACCGCCACCAAUGUGUCCUGGUAUAUUCCAGUUACAUACACCACAUCUGAAAAUGCGUCCAACUUCUUCAACACCACCCCUGUGGCCUGGAUAACUCCAACUUCCAACCUCAGCCUGAAUGUCAGCUCUAGCAUAUCUUGGAUUGUUGUCAACAAUCUGCAUACCGGAUACUACCGAGUGAAUUACGACUCAAGCCUUUGGAGCAACCUGGUUACCGCGCUGGCCCAAAGCAACUUUUCCGGCAUACCCGAAAUAAGCAGGGCGCAAAUAGUCAGCGACGGCUUCAAUUUGGCUAGAGGCGGCUACAUCAGCUACAGCCAGCUGUUCAGCGUCAUCGAGUUCCUGACCAAUGAAACUUCGUACCACGUCUGGUAUUCAGCGCUGAGUGGCUUCGAAUAUCUGCUGAAACGCACUGGGCUUAACUCCACUCUAGGAGCUGCCAUUGCGAGCCACAUCAGCAAUUUGACUGCUCCGGUACUGGAAACUGUUCCUUUAACAGUUGUGGACUCUUCGAAUCAUAUUUACACACUACACCAGGUGCUGGUACAGGGAUGGGCCUGCAAAUUGGGCGGCUCCAACUGUACCACUCAUGCUCUAAGUUUAUUCGCUGGAUAUAAAAAUACAUCCACCAGACCCGACAAAAACCUCAGAUCCAUCGCCUAUUGUUAUGGCUUGAAGAACAGUUCGGACAUUGCAACCGACUGGAGUUUCCUCUGGAAUAAGUUCCUGAACACCUCAUUGUCCACUGAACAAGUAACAAUCUUGGCGGCGCUGGGAUGUCCCAGCAAUGAAACUAUCCUCACUGAGUAUUUGAGUAAAACGUUGACGGAUGAUAGUGGCAUCAGAUCGCAAGACUACGCCUCAGUUUUCUCGGCAGUUUACUCCGGCAGCAGUUUGGGAGUGGAUGUGGCUUUGGAUUUCUACAUCAGCAAUUAUGACGCUAUUCUAGUACGUGACACUAGAGUGAAUGGGGCUGGUCGCAUCAUCAAGGCAAUUGCUGAACAAAUCACAACCGAAGCCCAAAUAGCCAAGCUUCAAACAUUCGCCAAUAGCUCCGUGGUGAAUGGGACCAUGGUGCAGUCUGCCGCUGAUGCUCUGAGUACUGCUCAGAGCAACCUACAGUGGCUCAGCACGUACCAGAGCAGUCUCAGUUCAUACUAUGGGCUUGAUACUACUACUACUACUACUGGUCCCACUACUACUCCUACUACUACUACCACCACCACAACUACAGAAUCCACUAGCACGACUGAUUCUUCAGCUUAUCAGUUUUGCCUAUCGCUGAGCUUGUUGCUACUCGGCUUGGUUAUCACGAAACUGUAAUAUUGGCUAACUACAUACGAGGGCAUCUAAUUUGCAGCUUGAUGGAGAAACUAUUGAUUUUUUACGUUUUUUUAAAUAAGUAUAAUUUUGGGUAACGGGAAGCGAACCGAAGUAAAAAGAGCUAAAAGAAGAAUGUUUGCUAGAUUUUGCGCUUUCGCUCUUAGCCCCAACUGAUUUUUAUAAACUGUGCCUUGUUAGUUUUUCAAAUAAAUAACUGUUUUCCUCAA